AUGAUGGACCCCUUUAGCCCAGACGAUAUCUCAAGGCAGGACACGCUCACCUCCUCCUCCUCGGCCCAUCAAGCGGAAGUCCAACGCAAGAAGCUGCUGGAGCAGUCUGACGCUGUGAUGCUUCUGUUCAACCCUUGGUCAAAGGAAUCGUUCGAAUGGGUCAACGGCAGCGUCGUAGAGGACAUCAUCAACACUGGCCGCAAGAAAAAGCUCACGACCGACAUCGUCGGCAUCCUCGACGGCCUUGCCGCCGCGAUCCCUGGGAUGCCGCGGUCCAAAUCAACACGCUCGACCAAAUUGUCCCAAAAGGAGCUCCCGCGCAUGCCGAACUCUCCAACAGGUAGCGGCGUGUCCCUAUUUAAUGGCCUGGAUGAGAAGAAGGGACGAGAAAACGACCAGUUCGACUACCAGGGGGAGCUGAAGCGGAUUAGCAUCGUCGUGGAGGGCUCUGCGCUGAAAAGGGCCGAGUUCAUGAUCCACGAGCGAGACCUCCCCUCCACACCGGAGCAGAGCCCGACGCCGAAACCCCUUGUAAUAUCGGGCCCGAUGUCACUCAGCGACAGGAAGCUGCCGACCAUCAGGGAGGUGGAUAGUAAUGCAAGCCUGAGACGCGGAGCUUCGAUGUGGGAUAACCGCAAGGGUACACAAUCCAACAAACGGCGCGACAGUGCCUUCAGCUUCCGGACGACAUCAAGCGCGUAUAGCCAGGCCUCGUCAACCGUCGUCGACACCACGCACGGCUCAUCAGUGCGCGAAUCAAAUCCGUUCACCUUGGAGGACCUGGUCGACGCACACAUGUAUCCGCUCCCCCCGGAGCGACCGCCGGAGCGACCACCAGAGCGCCGGGCCACGCUCCCGCCGCUGCCGCCGCCGACGGAGGAGCUCGAGAUCCCCGUGCUGGUGGUGGCGUCGAUGACGGACCGGCUCAAGGACAACGGCGGCAGGCUGCCGCGGAUGGUGUCUGCGCGGCAGGGCCAGGAGCUGGCGCGCAAGUUCGGCCCCAACUGCGCCUACAUUGAGGUCUCGGCCAAGUCCAACGCCAACGUCGACGAGGCGUACGGGAUCCUCGUGGACCAGGUCAUGAGCAAGCGGGCUGCGCGGCAGCGGGACGAGAAGCCGAUCGACAAGGUCGAGGAGAUUGUCAUCGUCCAGGAGGAGGACGUGAUGGACAGGGACGAGAAUGACAGGAGCCUGCCGGCCAGGGUGGUGCGCGCCAAGAUGCCGCGGAAGAAGUCGUCGAGGUCUUGCAUGCCUGCGUGGUGGGACAGCCUUGUGGGCUCCGUUUUCUCGUGGGGCCCGUCGGACAAGGAGGUGACUGCGAUCACCUUUGAGGAGAUCGGAGUCCGCCAACAGGGUGAAGAGACGAGAGAGGAUGUCUGGGGCGAGAUAGUGCCUGUCAAGAGCGGGAAUAAGACCUCGUGGAGUGCCAUGCGGAGGUCUAAUGUGAACGACAGCCGACUGUCCACGUCGACAACUUCAACAUCCCGCGACGAUACACUCAAGGAAUUCAGUAUCGUCAAGGAGGUCCAACUUGACAAGACCAAGGGACCCAUGGCCUCUAACAAUCCCUUCAUGCCCGAGGAAACAAGCCAGUCACCGAAGUUGCUCCCGCCUGCUCCAGUGGCACUACCCGACGAGGAUGAGAAGAACUCCGGACCGGAUGAAGCAAUCUUCGACAAGCUGGACCGGAGACUGUCCAAGAAGAAGGCCAGACCUGACAGCAUGACACUCGGACACGACACCUCAAAAGGCACCCACGCAGACUCAUCCGACGAAGGAGGACACACGACAAGACGCAACGAGGCCAUCAUGGACAAGUUCUCGCGCAAGAUUGGCCACAUUGGGCCACUUUCCCCCGAUGAAAAGCCACAGCCACCACUACCAAUAUCAAAAGAGACCCGGCCGUUGAGCAUCGACAGCUCGAUCGCGCGCACCCUCGGGCGGAGCCGGUCCACCAAGAACAAAAAGCAAGACCGCAGCCAGGUCAUGUUCCUGACCAACUACUCCCCCGCCAACAUAGUCCAAAUCAACAGGAGCAAGACAAAGUCCUCACCCGCCAACAACAACAGCAAGACGGCCGCCGACCUCCUGGACGACACGUCCUCGUCCAUAAUCACGACGGCGACCUCGACCGUCCCGCAGCGCCGCCAGCACACGAGCCUCAUCAGCGAGCUGCCCCCUUCCAUCCCGCCCCUGCGCUUCGACACCAUCCGCCUCGACGACCGCCGCUUCACCGUCAUGAUCCGCCUCGCCGAGCAGGAGCUCGAGCAGCAGCGCGCCCGCGUGUGCAAGCUCGUCAGAGACGACGCCGCCAAGGCCGCGCCGGUCACGCGCAGCUCGUCCGUCGGCGCGAAUGCCGGUGACGCAAGGAAGGCGAGGGCGAGGGCGAGGGCGAGAGGAGUCGGGACCAACGCCGUCGGGCUGGUCAAGGCGACGGCGGCGGCGCGCGUCUCUGCUGUGCUGCCUGCUGAGCCUGCGAGGGGGAGGAAGAUUGAUGGCGAUGGCGCCGGCGAGCAGCAGGAUAGGGACAAGGUGAAGGAGAAAGAGAAAGAGCAGCAGCAGGUCGUCGUCGUGCGCGCGGACCAGGAGUCCAGGGCCAAGGCGCUCAAGAACAGGCGCGUGGCCCCCAAGAGCCACGGCCAGGGGCUGGGCCAGGCCCCGACAACAGAACCUGAGGCGCCCCCCCGCCGGGCUGUCACGGUCAGGGCCGUGCUGCCGCCCGCGCCGGCCUCGCGGCCCAGGACGAGGCCCAACUCGGAGAGUCGGCCUGCUGGGCGGCCGACGCCUAUCUGGAUAUAG